AUGCCUCAGAGGCGCCAUCGGAUCGAUUUCUCGCUGCUAAGAAGGCGUCAGAACUUUUCGUCGGCCUCCUCCUCAGACCUUUCUCCUGGCAUUCCGGUCCUCCAGUCGCCAAUGUCGUUUCAUGCGAUGGCGUCACCAGAAGUCCCCGAGGCAACGCUUAAGCGGAAUAAGCUGGACAGAGCUCCAGUCAAGCCGUCCAUGUUUUUCGAAGAUAUGGAUGAAGAGGACGAUGGACCAGUCACCAAGUCAACGGCCCAUGACCACAAGGACGUUCCAGCGCCACGCACGGCACAGAAAGUUAUCAGUGGCGAGAGUCCACCAAAGACCCAAUUCUUUGAAGAUUCAUUCAGCUCCGGUGUCUCCUUUGUACCGCCGGUUGCACGAAUAGGGCAGGAUUCUCUUGUCGUGAUUGAAGUCUUGGUAAACGUCAGCGUAAGUCGGCCAAGUCAACUAUGA